UAGUUCAGCUUUUAAUGGCUCCUCUAACCAUUUCUCCAGCAGCCCCUUAAAUCUUCCGAACUUCUCCAAUCUUCUCUACUUCUCAACCAGAACCCAAUUCCCUUCGUCCACCCGUCAAAGCUCAACCUCUACUCACAUUUUGUCCUGCCGAAAUGAGCACAGAAAAUCCAGUCGUCGGCGACCAUGGUCCGAAGACCAAAGAGAACAUGACCAAGUCAGUUCCGUUGCUUAAGCUCUUCUCUUUUGCCGACUCCUACGACUACUUGCUCAUGCUCGUCGGAUCACUCGGCGCCUGCGUUCACGGCGCCUCCGUGCCCGUCUUCUUCAUUUUCUUCGGCAAGUUGAUCAACGUCAUCGGCAUGGCUUAUCUCUUCCCCGCCGCUGCUUCCCACAAAGUAGCCAAGUACUCAUUGGAUUUUUUAUAUCUCAGUGCGGUUAUACUAUUUUCAUCAUGGACCGAGGUGGCGUGUUGGAUGCAUACUGGGGAGAGGCAAGCGGCGAAGAUGAGAAUGGCGUAUCUCCGGUCGAUGCUGAAUCAAGACAUCACGCUCUUCGACACCGAGGCUUCAACCGGGGAAGUGAUUGCUGCGAUUACCAGUGACAUCAUCGUCGUUCAAGACGCCAUUUCUGAGAAGGUGGGAAACUUCCUGCACUAUAUCAGUCGAUUUAUAGCAGGUUUCACAAUAGGCUUCUUGAGGGUGUGGCAGAUCAGUCUCGUGACUCUUUCCAUCGUACCUUUAAUUGCUCUUGCUGGUGGUGUCUAUGCUUUUGUAACCACUGGCCUUAUUUCCAAAGUCCGAAAAUCAUAUGUCAAGGCCGGAGAAAUUGCUCAGGAGGUGAUUGGAAAUGUGAGAACAGUCCAAGCGUUUGCGGGAGAGGAAAGGGCAGUGAGAUCAUACAGAACAGCACUCCUGAAAACGUAUAAGUAUGGCAGGAAAGCAGGACUAGCCAGGGGACUCGGACUAGGCACCCUGCACUGUGUCCUUUUUCUUUCGUGGUCGUUGCUUGUUUGGUUCACUAGCAUUGUCGUCCACAAGAACAUUGCCAAUGGAGGAGAGUCUUUCACUACCAUGCUCAAUGUUGUUAUAGCUGGACUGUCACUAGGACAGGCAGCACCAGACAUUUCCGCUUUCGUCCGGGCAAAAGCAGCUGCUUAUCCCAUAUUUGAAAUGAUAGAGAGAAAUACAAUAAGCAGAGCCAGCUCAAAAACUGGCAGGAAACUGGGAAAACUGGAAGGCCAUAUACAGUUCAAGGACGUAUGUUUUAGCUACCCAUCUCGGCCUGAAGUUAUGAUAUUCAACAAGUUGUCUCUCGAUAUACCUUCUGGGAAGAUUGUAGCCCUUGUGGGAGGGAGCGGUUCGGGAAAAAGCACGGUUAUAUCUUUGAUUGAGCGCUUCUAUGAGCCCCUCUCAGGAAGCAUACUAUUGGAUGGAACUGAUAUCAGGGAGCUUGAUCUCAAGUGGCUAAGGCAACAGAUUGGGCUAGUUAAUCAAGAGCCUGCUCUUUUCGCCACCACCAUAAGGGAGAACAUCCUCUACGGUAAGGAAGAUGCCACAUUCGAAGAGAUUACCCGGGCGGCAAAACUUUCAGAGGCCAUCACUUUCGUCAACAACCUUCCUGAUAGAUUUGAAACUCAGGUGGGGGAAAGGGGAAUACAACUAUCCGGGGGACAGAAACAAAGGAUUGCAAUAUCACGUGCAAUAGUAAAAAAUCCUUCUAUUCUUCUGCUGGAUGAAGCUACAAGUGCACUUGAUGCAGAGUCUGAGAAGAGCGUGCAGCAGGCACUAGACCGUGUGAUGGUGGGGAGGACAACUGUAAUUGUGGCACAUCGACUAUCUACCAUUAGAAAUGCAGAUACAAUUGCAGUUGUUCAGAACGGGAAGAUAAUUGAAACAGGAAGUCAUGAUGAGCUCAUUUUGAAACCAAAUGGUGCCUAUGCAUCGCUUGCUCAACUCCAAGAAGCAGCUUCCUUGCAUCGUCUUCCUUCACAAGGUCCAACUUUGGGAAGGCAAGUAAGCGUCAAGUAUUCUCGUGAAUUGUCACGAACCACAAGCCAUGGGGCAAGUUUUCACUCCGAUAAAUUAUCUGUUGGCCGAAUUGGAGCUGAUGGAGUAGAGACUGUUGUCCCGCCACCUCAAGUGUCUAGUGGCAGACUGUAUUCCAUGCUGGUCCCUGACUGGUCAUACGGGGUUCUUGGCACAAUUUGUGCAUUUAUCGCUGGAACACAGAUGCCUCUUUUUGCUCUCGGUGUCACUCAGGCUCUUGUGUCUUUUUACAUGGACUGGGACACAACACGCCACGAAGUCAAGAAGGUUUCACUCCUCUUCUGUGGUGGUGCUGCAAUAACUGUUAUUGUUCAUGCCAUUGCACACCUUUGUUUUGGAAUCGUUGGAGAGCGGCUUACUCUUCGUGUGCGAGAAAUGAUGUUUUCUGCAAUGCUAAAGAACGAGAUUGGAUGGUUUGAUGAGGCUGGCAACAUAAGUUCCAUGCUUGCAUCCCGUUUAGAGAGUGAUGCAACUUUACUGCGAAGUAUGGUUGUUGAUCGCUCUACAAUUCUGCUACAAAAUCUUAGUUUGGUUGUUACUUCCUUUGUCAUUGCUUUCAUCUUGAACUGGAGGCUCACUCUUGUUGUCCUGGCCACGUAUCCCUUGAUCAUCAGCGGUCAUUUCAGCGAGAAAAUGUUCAUGAAAGGCUAUGGUGGCAACUUGAGUAAGGCCUAUCUCAGAGCUAACAUGCUUGCUGGUGAAUCCGUGAGUAACAUCCGCACAAUUGCUGCAUUCUGUUCCGAAGAGAAGGUCCUUGACCUUUAUGCUCGAGAACUUGUUGGGCCUUCAAAACGUUCAUUUACUCGUGGUCAGAUUGCUGGCAUAUUCUAUGGAGUCUCUCAGUUCUUCAUCUUCUCAUCCUAUGCCCUUGCUUUAUGGUAUGGUUCAGUUCUGAUGGGAAAGGAGAUUGCAAGCUUUAAAUCGGUCAUGAAAUCGUUCAUGGUUUUGAUUGUGACAGCGUUGGCGAUGGGUGAGACUCUGGCAAUGGCUCCAGACCUCCUAAAGGGGAACCAAAUGGUGGCAUCAAUCUUUGAGGUGCUUGACCGAGAGACAGAGAUAAGAAGUGAUAUCGGAGAGGAGGUAACAAGUGUUGACGGUCGAAUCGAGCUGAGAGGUGUCCGGUUUAGCUACCCUUCGAGGCCUGAGGUACCAAUUUUCAAGGACUUCAGCUUACGAGUUCGUCCAGGACAGAGCAUGGCAUUAGUCGGGCAGAGUGGCUCCGGCAAAAGCUCAGUCCUCGCCCUUGUACUACGAUUUUACGAUCCAACUUCCGGGAAAGUGACGAUUGAUGGGAAAGAUAUCAAGAAACUGAAGCUGAAAUCUCUCAGGAAGCACAUCGGCCUAGUCCAACAAGAGCCGGCAUUGUUCGCCACAUCCAUCUACGACAACAUCCUAUACGGGAAACAAGAAGCCACAGAAGUUGAAGUCCUCGAGGCAGCCAAACAAGCCAAUGCGCACGGUUUUAUCAGCGCCCUGCCCAAUGGCUACUUGACCAGAGUUGGCGAGCGAGGAGUGCAGCUGUCUGGCGGCCAGAAGCAGAGGAUCGCCAUAGCGCGAGCCAUUCUCAAAAACCCAGCAAUCUUGCUGCUGGACGAAGCCACCAGCGCGUUGGACAUGGAGUCAGAGCGGGUCGUGCAACAGGCCCUCGACAGGUUGAUGAAGCACCGGACGUCAGUCGUGGUGGCUCACCGGCUCUCCACCAUCAGAAAUGCAGACCAGAUAGCGGUUUUACAGGACGGCCGGAUCGUCGACCAAGGGACUCAUUCUGGCCUUGUAGAGAACAAAGAUGGGGCAUACUUCAAGUUAAUCAGCUUGCAGCAGCAGCAACAACACGAUCAACAAUAGCAAAUGCCGGGCUGCGUUGUUAAGUAUAAUAUGUUCUUUUACAGUGUCUGUUUUCUAGUUUGCCAUUUGUUUAUCUGGUUUUCAGAUUUCUGUUUUCGAGCAGAAACAGAAAUUGAGAACAGAUUAAGAUAUAGAAAUAGAAAACUACCGCUAAUAUUAGAGCUGUUGGGGUGGGGAUAAUAUCACCUCGGAGCUUUGACUUAUGACCAACCCAGUUGCUCCCCUUCUCCACUCAGAUAAGACCAUGCCUUUACCGAAUACACAUUGUGUUACGUGGGAAAUGUU